UUUACGCCUGGGUCUCCGGGGUUGAAUUCCCCGCUCUGGCGCCAGAGUUUUCUGGCCACACCCGGAAGUAGGCUUGUGCUCGUUGCCACGGUGGCGGCCACUGCCUCCCGUCCCACCUCCGCGGCGCUGGGCUCCGUGGUGGCGGGCCCCGAGCCUAUGACGGGACAGGGCCAGCCGGUGUCUGGGUCGUCAGCGUGGAGCACGGUAUUCCGCCACGUCCGGUACGAGAACCUGGUAGCCGGCGUGAGUGGCGGGGUCUUGUCCAACCUCGCGCUGCACCCGCUGGACCUUGUGAAAAUCCGCUUCGCGGUGAGUGAUGGAUUGGAACUGAGACCAAAGUAUAAAGGAAUUUUACAUUGCUUGACUACCAUUUGGAAAGUUGAUGGACUACGAGGACUUUAUCAAGGAGCAACACCAAACGUGUGGGGUGCAGGUUUAUCCUGGGGUCUCUACUUUUUCUUUUACAAUGCCAUCAAAUCAUAUAAGACAGAAGGAAGAGCUGAACAGUUAGAGGCAACAGAAUAUCUCAUCUCGGCUGCGGAAGCUGGAGCCAUGACUCUCUGCAUUACAAACCCCUUAUGGGUGACAAAAACUCGCCUUAUGUUACAGUAUGAUGGUGUCAAUGCUCCACAGCGACAAUAUAAAGGAAUGUUUGACGCACUUGUGAAAAUAUAUAAGAAUGAAGGUGUGCGUGGAUUGUAUAAGGGAUUUGUUCCUGGGCUGUUUGGAACAUCACAUGGUGCCCUUCAGUUUAUGGCAUAUGAGUUACUGAAGUUGAAGUACAACCAGCAUAUCGAUAGAUUACCAGAGGCCAAGUUGAGCACAGCAGAGUAUAUAUCUGUUGCGGCACUGUCUAAAAUAUUUGCUGUGGCAGCAACAUACCCGUAUCAAGUUGUGAGAGCCCGUCUUCAGGAUCAGCACAUGUCUUACAGUGGUGUGGUGGAUGUGAACAAAACAUGGAGGAAAGAAGGCAUCGGUGGAUUUUACAAAGGAAUUGCUCCCAAUUUGAUUAGAGUGACUCCAGCCUGCUGUAUUACCUUUGUGGUAUAUGAAAAUGUUUCAUAUUUCUUACUUGACCUUAGAGAAAAGAAAGUAAGCUAAAAGAAGAUAAUUCCAGGAUAUCUACCCAGACAGAAACAAACUCCUUUGUGUUUGACACAUAAAACUCAACAGAAUGCUGCACAGCAACCUGACUCAUAAUCAAAGUUUGUCUGUAAUCAUUAGAAGUCAAAGAACUGCUAAGUCUUCUCCAUAUUUGCUGCUUAACUUCUCUAUCUGUGUAGAACUGGGCUUCCCUCGCCAUCAACAUAAUGUUAGAAGUGGAACCAUGUGUAGAAUUUCACAAAUUUCUCCAUUUCAUUUUUCAAGUAGAAACUAGUUUACAACAUUUGUAAAUAGAUUAGAUGAAUACCCUUUUUCUGAGCUCAUUUGCCUUUAUUGGUUUUAAAAUUGACCUUUGUGCACU